UUCACAAAAUACACCAGAAUAGCUUGUGACUCACAAAGACCAGAGAGAUGUUCCAAUGAAAACCUUUUAUUGUUGCUAUCGCAGUCUUAUUUCAGUGCCCAGAGUGGUGUCCCCCGCUACUAAAAGUGAACUGAUUAUUACGUAAGUUGGCUGUACAGCUUGUUUUGAAGAGGACUUGCAGUGAAACAGGUUUUACCGUGUGAUGGCAGAGUGUCUGGGUCUCAACAAACAUAGAAGAUUACUAAUUGAUAAGAGCAAGUAUUGUUUCUGUCUCAGUCUUGACCCUCUGCAAAUACUUUGUUUUUUCUAACUAUCUUCCUUUAUGCUACAACUGCCAUGUGAGGGAGACGGCAGGAAAGACUGUGAAGAUAUUUGUUGUGUUUAGGAUAGACCCACUCUUUAACUACGCUUUUGAAGACUACCAACAACUACAACGUUUGAGACUUGGGGACAUUACCACAAAGCAAACAGAAACCAAAGCCUUUAUGCCAGAAUGCCAUCAUUCCUCCGUAUCUAAACUCUUUGCAGUAAACAUCAAACAAACUGGCCUGAGGAGACGUCUGCCAUUCAACGCUGCCUUGUCGUCUUCUUUUUAAUUCAGAGAGACCAGCCUUUAAUGGGGACAUCAUAGUGAUGGUUAGGUGAUGUCUGGGAAAUUUGAAAAAGAAAAAUUAUAUCUCAGGUAUCGACUGCUCCUUAGAGUGGAAACAGCCCAAAUUUGUCAUGUUCCUGUAGGAACAGCUUGGGAACAUUUGAUAGAUCACUGAAGAAGACAAAGAAAGCUCCUCAUGGUGCCAUGUCACAUUUAAGAAGAAUACAACUCAUGGAUUUUGCAUCAGUGAUUUUUAUUUUAAGUAGAAUUCAGCAUACAAACUGACUAUUUCUGUCAUGUUUGAGGUAUGAAGUUUCAGUUCUUUUUUUAUGAGGAGUUCUGGAUAUAUAGCAGCUUUGUAAGCACAGCAUGUGGAAAGAAAGCAAAUUAGGCUGAGGAAAACAAUGGCCAGUACCAUUCACAGAAUUGCCACAAACAGCAGAGUGCAUAGGACUGGACCACUGAAAGAAAAAAAGACGUAGGGAAUUGCAACUUAACCAUGUUGAGCAAGGAAAACACAUUUUGGGCGUAAAUCUUUUGCUUGUCAGCACAAGCAGCUGUCUUAACCAAAGGGGAUUCCUACAUUCAAAAAGACUGAAGUAAAUUAGGAGUGAAUCACCCGGGACAACAGUGUAGACAGUGGUUGUCUCUAAAACUAGGAAAUUCAUUCACUUUCCUUUUUCAGUUCUCUGUCAGAUUGCUGCAGUUUUACUCGUACACAGAAAAUUUUGAAUAAAUUAAACAUGAUGAGGAAGAGAACUGCACGAUGAAUAGGUGGCACACUUUGCUAACAACCAAGGAUUGGAACCGCAGAUGCGCAAAGUGUAAUUCAAAUUCACUUGAAUUGCAAAAGAAGAACUGCACGUGGCCUGACCAUGCAAGAAGGGGUUGGUCACCUGAUGGAGAGGAUGGAGUUUGUUCAGAAAGAUAAUCGUUUGUCUAGCUGUGACUUUGGCGGCCUGGAUCUUGCACCAUUCCACACAAUCAGUCAAAAGACAGAUUUUUGCAAUAGUCGGCUAUCUUCAGUUACCAUCAUCUGCCUCUCUCCUGAGACAGUCUCUUCUGGAUGAGGACUUCUCUAAUAAACACCUCUGAAUCAUCUAUUCAUGGCCAACACUGAUAUCAGAGGGAAAGGAUGGUGCAGUGGUAUACAUCAGCUGUGAGUAUCUCACAGCCUAGCUCGCAAGUUAGAUAAACGUGUACCUCCAGUCCUUCCCCGGGCAAGACUCUUAUGCAUCCUGUAAAAUGGCAAGUUACUGAUCAGACUUUCCGUAAAAGGUGGGAGUGGCUGAAAUCAUCUUUUGGCGAGAAGCAAGUUUUUCAUGGUUUGGGUUGUUCUGCUUUUUGCUUUUAUUAAGUUCCCUUCUGUUGGUUUUAAUGUGCUCCCCCCCCCCCCAUCCCAUAUAAAAGGUUAAUCUCCUCCCAGUCAGGCUAAUCAGGUUUGGUCCACUUCUCUGCACUCGUGUGAUUUAUUUAGUCAGUGCCACAUACGUGAUACCAUCUAGUAAAGAGGUAAGUUGUCUUCUUCCUUCUCCCCUUCCCCUGCUAACCUCUUCGUUUUAGAGCAACGUCUUCUACAUCUCAUUGAGAUCCCUCCCCCCUUUCUUUUUAACCUCGUGGUCUCCUGCCAUCCCCCUUUUGUUAGUCUUUGCCAGGUUCUUCCUCUCCAAGGAGGAGCUGAAAAAAAACACGCUGUCAUAUUAGAAGGGGACUUAAGGGCUCUCCCACUACGGACUAGAGUUAUACUUAGCCUUUCUCUCUUUCUUUUCAAGCCGUUGCAGGACCUUCGCUCACAGCAGCAUUUUCUGCAUCACCUCAUUUGCUCAGAGAUUUCUUUUUUUUGGUCUUCUCUGCAGUUUUUCUCACAGGCUCUGGUGUGGCAGGCUUCAGCAAUAGAACUGCUGCUUUGCAGGACAGUGUGGUCCAGCCAUGUCUCCUCACAUCACCACAGCCAUACAUACAUGCCCCCACAAGAAGCCUUUGCUGCUCUUGCUCCUCUGGUGGUAGCAGCUCAGCUUUCCACCAGAGGCAGUGAGCAGGUAGAGAAAGCUGCUUAGGAAGCAUUCGCUACUUGAAAGUCUUUCUUACAAGGAAGGACUGGGCAAAAGGCAAUAGCCCAGAUAGAUCCUUGGUACCUAUAGGCAAACUAUAGGUAUCUAUAGGCCAGACUUGGUCCCUGGCAAUCUAUCAAUUAUGAUUGAAAGAUCAGAAGCAUAUUUGAAGUGUGGCAUGUGUGCUACGGACAGGUUGACAGACCUCAAAAGGUUACACGUGAUGGGAAAUCAUCCCUUAACCAAGAACGGUCCUUACAAGAUAGAUGAGAGAUUGUAUCUGGUUUCAAUUCUAUUUGCUGCUUCAUCUGGAAUUCAAGAAAAAUCACCAGCAAUGAAAUUCAAGAGAGACACCUAGUUUGACAGAGUAGAAAAUAAUGAGUGGGACAAGACAGGCACGCAGGCGCACGGUUGUUUAUUGAGGCAAAAGCAUUAGAACCAAAACUAAGAAAGACCAAGAAGUGUUUUUUCCUGAAAAGCAGGUGCUUAAAGAAAGAUUUUAUGUCAUUGUUAUUGUGGGUGAAGAGCUGAACUUAUGCCCCUAGUGCAACAGCACGUCAAAGAAGAGAUUAAUGAGGCCCUCACAUGGACAAAAGAACAGCAAGAGGAACAGCUUCUAGUUUCCGCGAACAGAGAUGAUGAAACUGGUACCACAGUGUUGCCUGCUCACCUGAUGUUCGCAUUUUUAACGGACUGCAAGUAAACUGAAGAGAAGACUUACAUGAUCUGCUGAGCAAUAACAUGUACCAGAGGGAUGUCUCCCAGUGACAGAUUUAAAAAUCUCCACAGAUGCAGCUUGUGAAAGACAACUGAGAAGCUACUUCUCAUACAAGUACUUUAUUCUGGCGAAACAUGAAAACAUGAAGGCAUCUCAUGCUGUCUUCACAUCAAGCUUUUCUGGAAGAAACGCUUCAGCCAAAUGUAAGUUAUUGGGCAAAGUAACAAUGUCAGAGGCAUACAGGGUAGCAGUAAAUAGCAUAACUGAAAGAAAAGAUAUACCUGUGUCUGGAAUAAUACAGGAGGUCAACCUAGAUGACCUAUCACUUCUCCUGGACUGAGAUCUAUGACCCCUUCCUACCCUCCCAACCAUCUCCUGUAGCUUUCUUUUUUCUGCUUCUCUUAGUGACUCUUCAGUUCCUCCUGCUAACAAGCAAGCAGCCUCUCCUGUUGAGAAACGGCUUUUACUUCUGCUUGGCUGGCCUCUUCUGGGACAUAGAGGAGAGCAGCACUUGCCAGCUGCUAGCACAGCUGUUCUACUGGCAGGACUCAAAACCAUCCCAUUUGGCUAGCACAUGUCCUCUGUGCUCUUUUCUCCCACCCCAGGAUCCCGCAAAAGACAGAUAGGGCCCACCGCAUUCAGGAGAAAUUCAUAGAAGCUGCAGAGCUUCCUGCUGCGACAAGAACCAUGGUAAACCUCCACACCCUCUGCCCUUACACCACACACACAUGUACACAUCCUACUUCUUAUUUGAUAUUUUGACCACUAUUACCAUUUGUUGUCAGUGGUAGGACGUAGAUUUGCUGUACACAAAACCCGCUACAGGAGACAUCAAGCAAAAAGGUAGCGUGAAUCAAUAUGCCUUCAUUUCUUUUCUUAGCAAGGUAAGUAGGAGUUCGGAAGAUCAAAUAAAUAAUGAAUAAAAGGAGCCUUCCCUACACUAAAUCUAUACGGCUCAUUUCUUCUACAAUUACAUACCAUAAGUUGCAAAAUUAGUUAUCUGGCAGAGAUGGACUAGAAACACACCUCCCACACACACCCCAAGUGCUUUCCUCCUCUCCGCUCACUACAGAUGAUCCCUUGAUUAUUUUUUUCUGAGAUUAAGAUGCAUUUUACAACCCAUAAGAAAGAACAAGGAUUCUGCUGAAUGAGAGCUGCUUAGUGGCAUCUACUUUUAUUGGGUAAGAUGAAGCUGCUUUAACUCAGUGAUCAGGCUCUCAGUGGAAACUUUGCAUUUGCUCACACAUUAUAAGAUGUGUCUAAUUUUAUUUCUGAGUUUAAAGGAUCAUCUCUGAUGAGCAUCGAGGAGAGAACCACUUGUGAUACAAUCUGUAAGGAAGUACGAAGUUUCCGUUAAGAGACACAGCUACCUUGUGACAUCUGUUUUUUGCAGCUGCUGGAUACUGCUGUGUAGGCAGCGCCUCCCUGACAGAGCUACCUGGUGAGAAGCAAGUGAUUCUGCACCCUUAGAGCGAAGAAGCUUCUUCACAUCAUCUGAGAAGAAAGGAGGAGAAAAGGAACUGGGGAAAAAACCAUGAGUUCUUCAAGUACAGAGCCCUUUGAAGUUGAAACCUCAACCUUAUAUGACUAUUACGAUAAUUAUAACGAUGCUCCAAAACCAUGCAGUAAGGAAAGCGUCAAGAGGUUUGCAGCCUCCUUCCUACCUGUUCUGUAUACCCUAGUGUUCCUGGUCGGGCUCACGGGAAACAUUCUGGUCAUUGUGGUCCUCUUCAAAUACAAGAGGCUGAAGAGCAUGACUGAUGUGUACCUACUAAACCUCGCCAUCUCAGAUCUGCUCUUUGUUUUGUCCUUGCCGUUCUGGUCUUAUUUCACGAUAGACCAAUGGGUUUUUGGAACUCCCUGGUGUAAAGUCAUUUCGUGGAUCUACCUGGUUGGGUUUUAUAGUGGGAUAUUUUUUAUUAUGCUUAUGAGCAUAGACAGAUACCUGGCAAUUGUUCGUGCAGUGUUUUCCUUGAAAGCAAGGACUGCCUUCCACGGCUUGAUUACUAGCCUUAUUGUAUGGCUAGUAGCUCUUUCAGCCUCAGUUCCAGAACUUGUAUUUAGAGAAUCUUUUAACGAACAUAACCAUACUACCUGCAAGCCUAGAUAUCCAGGCAAUUUCACGACAUGGAAACUUUUUUCCACUUUGGAAAUCAACAUUUUAGGGCUCCUAAUCCCUUUUAUAGUUAUGACAUUUUGCUACUCCAUGAUCAUUAAAACAUUAGCUCACUGUAGAAAUGAGAAAAAGAAUAAGGCUGUGAGGAUGAUCUUUGCUGUCAUGAUUGUGUUUUUCUUCUUUUGGACCCCUUACAACAUUGUUAUUUUCUUACAACUGCUGGAAAUUACGGGAGUCAUUAGAGACUGUCAAGUGAGCAGGAGUCUGGACUAUGCUCUCCAGGUAACAGAAAUCCUCGGCCUUUUUCACUGUUGCCUCAAUCCAGUCAUCUACUUCUUCAUGGGGGAAAAAUUUAAGAAGUACGUGAAGAUGCUCUUUAAGAACUGGCGGUUACCCGGAGAUAUCUGCAAGUGGUGUGGAGUUCACAUCACUUACCACACUGAAUCUACCAGUUCAUUCCACACACAAUCCACGGGGGAUCAAGACGCUCUGUAACGUGUUUCAGACCAACCGCUGAACUGACCAGCGAGCAAACUGACAGAAGCAGGAACUUUGAAAAGCUAAGCAAAUGCACAUGCAUUUAACGAUAAGCUAGUGCCGGAUAAUUACUUACUUCAGCUUUUACUUCUGCCUCUAGAUUUUCUAAAUAUUAUGACAGAAGGUGUCCUAGAUGUGAAACGUGGGAGAUGGACGUGCAUGUUUUAUCUGCUGUGAUUACAAAUCACUGCUCGGAUGUAACAGCAGCCUCAGUUCUCCGCAAAGCACUGUGCCCUGUUGCUUCUUUUUCCACCAGCACCAAGACGGAGGUUGGCCUGCAUGGAGGGGCAGAGGAGAGACAGCUGCUUGUCCUCAGCACAUGCAUUUGGAAAAUAUAUUCAUUUAUUCAAGAGGGAUGGUUGUUACCAUAUUUUUUUAUUCUACAGUUGAUCUGAGUAGAGCUUGUUUGCUCUGACUCUUAGCGAGCUAUUAACAGUACCUGCUACUGUAAAAUGUUUCAUCUCGGGGAGAGGAUGCACCCUCUGCCGUUAAGAAAAAGGACACAAAAUACAUUCUUUAUGUGCACGAAGACGCAAAGCAAAUGCAUUACAUGGCAUUAUAGACAUGUUUUCUCUUAGGUAUCCAAAUUGCCAUAUAUACCUAUGUGUAGGUGUAUAUAUAGACAUUUUGAAUUACCUUAUCUCUGUAAUUCAGGAUAGCAAUUCUGUAUUUUAAUUAACAUAGAAAAAGUUUAAAAUAUUUUUGAAUAAAAGUAUUUUAAAGCAUUUAUUUUCCAGCAUGUGUGAAUAAAUUUGAAGCAUCUUGAUUGAAAGUAUAUCUUUUGAAGAGAAUGUUCUUUGUUCCAAAAGUACUUAACCCCAAAACUCAAUUUUCAUUCAUUGGAGACAUAUCUGGCAAACGAAAAGAAAGUAAAAACAGAGAUUGUGUAGCAAAGGUCUGUCAUAACUUAGGAACCACAUAAAGAAUCCUGGCAUUUGAUAACAGCAAAAUGUGAAGAGUAUGAUGCCCCAGUAGCCACUCGCAGAUCUACAUGAUAUUAAUCAGAGAUCUGGAACAGGAAGGAUAUUCACCCAGCAAUGUUUAGAUUUUGGCACAAAAACGAUUUUAAAAAGCGGCAAAAAUCAGUAAUGUGGUAGCAGAUAAAGUAAGAGUUGAAAAAUACGUAAGAGUUGAAAAAUACAUAAGAGCUGAAAAAUAUGUAAGAGUUGAAAAAUAAGUAUUGGAAGA